ACACUCACACAAUACAUUGCAUUAUUCUAUCAAGAAUUAAUCUUAUAAUUUAGUUGAAAAAAAAAGGUAUCAUCAAUUUGUGCAAAGUGAUGGCUGCUGAUUGGGGUCCAGUGGUGAUAUCAGUGGUGCUGUUUGUGCUACUAAGUCCAGGGCUAUUGUUCCAGCUCCCAGCAAAAGGAAGGGUGGUAGCUUUUGGGAGCAUGCAAACUAGUGGUAUAUCUAUUUUGGUCCAUACCAUAAUCUUCUUUGGACUUAUCACCAUUUUUUUACUUGCAAUUGGUGUUCAUAUCUACUCAGGAUAAUUAAUCAGAUCAUCCUUUAACAAUGUGGCACUAUUAAUUUCUUUUUUUUUUCUUUUUCUGUCCUUGGUUUUUUCAUUAUAUAUUCUUGUUUAAAUUAUGUGUUGUAUUUUACAAUAUGUAACUAAGGAUAGGUUACUUUCUUCUUUUAUGUA